AUGACAGCUUGGAUGGUGUUCCCUGCAGAUGUUCAUCAGACGGUGCUGAUUAAAGAAGAAGCUGCUGAAGAAUGGAGUUCUGGUGUGGACCAGAAGGACCCAGAGACCCUCAACAUAAAGGAGGAAGAGGAGGAACUGAGGACCAGUCUGGAUGUAGAGCAGCUCAGUGUGAAGGAGGAGACUGAUGACACCAGGUUCUCCUUCGCUGCAGUGCCUUUGAUGAGUGAGGAUGAUGAAGAGAAACCUCUGUUCUCGCAGCUUCAUCAGCACCAUGUGGAAGAUGGAGAUCUUCCAGCCAGCAACUCAGCUGACCAGAUGAAAGCAGCAACUGGUGGAGAAGAUUGUGGCAGAGCAGACAUUCAGUUCUACAGAUUAGAUGGUCAUCAGAUGACGCUGUUUGUGGCAGAAGCUUCUGAAGAAGCUAGCUCUGAUGUGGACCAAAAGAACCCAGAGCCUCUACACAUGAAGCUUCAUCAGCACCAAGUGGAAGAUGAAGAUCUUCCAACCAGCAGCUUAGCUGACCAGAUGAAAGCAGCAACUGGUGGAGAGGACUGUGGAGGAGCAGGAACAACCAGGAACCCAGAUCUAAAUAUUAAUGAAGAUGAUUCCAACUCUUCAGAGACUGAAGUCAGUGAGGAUGAGGAUGAUGUAAAUUAUCCUGAUUCUCAGCUGAAAGACUCAUCAGACUCUGGAUUAGAACCUGAAGACAGUGUCAAAGACUGGAAGGAGAGCAGGAAUCACGAGUCAGGUGUAAACACUGUCAACGAAUUUUGCAGCUUCUCUGAGUGUGAGAAACAAUUUCGCCACAAGGAGUCCGUUCAGAGAAACAAGACAGGUCAUUCAAGAAUAAAGUCCACAAGUUGUUUGGUUAGUGAGAAAUGUUUUCGAGGGAAGAAAACUGAAGGCUUAAGCAAAAAAAUCCAGUCAAGACAGAAACCAUUUAGUUGUGAUGACUGUGGAAAAAGAUUUAACAGAAAAUGUCUAAACAAACACAUAAGAAUCCACACAGGAGAGAAACAAUUUGUCUGUGAUGUUUGUGGACAAAGGUUUGGGCAAAAGUCAAAUUUGAACAGACACAUGAGAAUCCACACAGGACAGAAACCAUUUGCUUGUGAUGUCUGUGGACAAAGGUUUGGACAAAAGUCUACUUUAAACGCACACAUGAGAAUCCACUCAGGACAAAAACCAUUUGCAUGUGAUGGUUGUGGACAAAUGUUUGGACGCAAGUCAAGUUUGAACAGACACAUGAGAAUCCACACAGGACAGAAACCAUUUGCUUGUGAUGUUUGUGGACGAAGGUUUGGGCACAAGUCAAGUUUAAACAUACACAUUAGCAUCCACACAGGACAAAAACCAUUUGCUUGUGAUGUUUGUGGACAAAGGUUUAGACACAAGUCUCAAUUAAACACACACAUGAUAAUCCAUACUGGCCAAAAUCCGUUUGCUUGUGAUUUUUGUGGACAAAAGUUUAGAAAUAACUCAAAUUUAAACAGUCAUCUGGAAAUCCACACAGGAGGAGAACCAGUUCAGUUCUAAAUAUUAAGACAGUUUCUAAAGAC